UCAGACGGCGAUUGACCCAUGUGUGUAUUGUUUAAACUGCUCAAAUGCGACUGGCUUUUCCACCACAACCAAAACUUCCAACAAGUCGAGCGAUGGCGGCCAUCGUGUCUGUGAGUACAAGCGCCAAAGAAGAAAACACAGACGCAGUGCUCGGCUUCGUCGCCCGUCCGCUCCACGAAAAGUACGACCUCGCUGCACCCGCCGAUCGCGAAAAGUGGAUGCUCGGAGAGCGCCGGCAUUCGGAGCUCGAAGCCGGCGAAGAGGUCCCGACAGUGGGACGCAAGGGCCGGCGUCGGGCCGACGAAGACUUAACACCGCUGAGCCCCCAAGAGAUUCAGAGCCGCCUGGAGAGAACUCGACGGGAGUUUUACAACCGCAGGAAGAUUAUCAUAAAAAAUCUGCCGUGUGACAUCAGCAACCAGGAGGUUCACGAUCUGCUGGCCAACUAUGACUUGAAGUACUGCUUCGUAGACAAAUAUAAGGGCACAGCCUUUGUGACGCUGCUCAACGGCGAGCAGGCGCAAAGUGCCAUCAAGGAGUUCCACCAGCAUGCGCUCCGCGAUCGGGACAUCUCCGUGCAGCUGCAGCCCACCGACGCCCUGCUGUGUAUCGCCAACCUGCCGCGCUCCUUCACUCAGCAGAAGUUCGAGGAGCUGGUGCGCCCCUUCGGUAAUCUGGAGCGCUGCUUCCUGGUGUACCGGGCAUCCAACGGCCACUCCAAGGGCUACGGUUUUGUGGAGUACAUGAAGAAGGACUCGGCGGCCCGGGCUAAGUCGGAGCUGCUCGGGAAGCAACUGGGCUCGCGCAUGCUUUACGUGCACUGGACCGAGGUGGGCUCGCUCACGUACCCGAUGCUGCACUCUAAGUGUCUCUGUGUGGACCGGCUGCCUCAGAGUGCCGUGACUCCACAAGACCUCCGCAACGCGCUGGCUGAUGCCCACCCACCAGUUUUCUGUCAGUUGGCUCAGGGACAAGAUGGAAGUUUCCGGCGCUUCGCCGUGCUGGAGUUUGCUACGGCUGAGAUGGCCGAGGAAGCUCAGCAGCUGUCAGAUGGCCGUUUGCUGGGCGGCACUCGCAUCAGAGCGUCCUUCUGUGCCCCCGGUCCACCCGGCCGGAGCAUGCUCGCCGCUUUGAUCGCAGCCCAGACCAUGUCUGUGAACAGGGGCAAGGGUCUCCUUCCGGACCCCAGCACCAUGCAGAUCCUCUCGGGUCUCAACAACCCGGCCGCCCUCCAGAUGCUGCUCAACCCUCUGUUGCAGAGCCACAAACAAGGUCUCCUCGGGGCGGCCCCCUCCAUGCCGCUGCUCGCCAACCCGGCUCUCCCUGCCAUGCUGCUCCAGUUGCUGCUCCAAAAUCAGGCGAAAGCCCAGCAGCAAGCCUUUCUGGGAAAUCCUCUUCUUUGGGCUCAGGUGCUGUACGGUCACAAAGGCCCUCUAGUAGCCUGUGCAGGACUCCUGCCCGAGACUCCUCUGGCCCCACUGCCCGUCCAGCAGGGACUCCAUCUGCUGGGAGAUCUGCCUCAAGGUGGCGUAGUCUCAGGUCUGGACCCCCUACCCGCAUUGAAGCAGGCGCCUCUGAGCCGCGCGAUGACAAGGGAUCAGGAGUCUCCCGGCUUCCCGCAGACUCCCUCUCCCACUCUGCAGCGUCUGUCUGUGCCUCUGCCGGGCUGCAUGAUGGCGCCAGACGGCCUCGCGGCGCGAGCGGUCUCCAUCCUGGGAGACCCAUCGAAAGACGUGACUCCUCCCCAGACUUCCUUUCUCUCCGCCAACAAUGCGUUUCCCUCAGGAGCCAAUUGCAGACCUCACCCAUACAAGAGACCCACGCUAAGUAAUGUGUCCAACCAACACCUCGCCAUGCACCCCAGCUACAACCUGCACUACCAGGAUUCUCACAAUGCAGAAUAUCCUCCUCUUCACCGAGAGCUGCUGCAGCACUUGUACGAGGAGCAAGAGAAUCACCACAUGGGUGACUCGACAUGCUUCGGACAGCAGCUCUCUCAUCCGUCAGACUUGAACCAGCCCCACUUCACUUUGCCGCCCAGCCCGCCCCCGUCCUCGUAUUUCAGCUCGGACGCCUCCGCUAAUGGCUGCCUGCCUCCCAGCCAGCUUAAUAGGGCCGUGGGGAUGCCUCCUGUGAGCCACACCUCUGGCUACCCUCCAGGACUUGUCAACACAAUGAAGACCCCCAUCGGGAGCCACAAGCGCGUCUUCUCCCCCCUCAUCCCGUCUCCGGAGCCGAGCCCCGAGGGCGGCUAUGUGGGCCAGCAUUCCCAAGGUCUGGGCGGCCAUUACGCGGACUCCUACCUGAAGCGCAAGCGCAUCUUCUAAAAGGGAAAACAACACAAAAUGGCGCCGGGGAGAAGCCAGGAUGUGACGAGAUCGACACUGACUGGAGGUUCUUCCAAUUAUCUCCUCUUGAAAUUACCCCCCCCCCUCCUCCCCAACUCCUUUUUUGUUUGUGUACAUAUAAUUUUAGUUUUUUGGUUUUUUUUUUUAAAUAGCGCUUUACAUUUCUUGUUGGUGGGAGUUGAUGAUGUUUACCAGCAGGGACCUUACAAAGUUAAGCUAAUCAAGUCAUUUGUUUUUUUUUUCCUCCUUGUUUGACGUGUAAGCAAAUAGUUUGGCCAGUAUUUUGAUUGUCACUGAAGUCCGAUACUGAUGUCUUCCACACUAUUCAGAUAAAGGGAUGCCUUCGUUGUGAACCUGUCUUAUGGUGCCCCCCCCCCCCCUUUCCUUUUGCACUCCACCCAACACGGCUGCCUUGACAGAAUUGUAGAAAGAAAAAAAAGUAUUCUGAGCUUGUUUCAUGUCGUUUACUUGUCCUUUGAUUGGCACCUGAGGAGUUGUCUUGUCCCCCACUUUCCACGAGUUGAAUGCAUUCGGAGCGCACUAGUCACGCUGCUUGUUUUUUUUUUUUUUGUUUGACAGGUUUUAAGCGCUUAAGUCCUCUGGCAGUCCAAACAAUUCACCAUGUUUUUUUUGUGUGCAUUUUUUUAAACGUAUUUUACUUCAAGUGAACAGUUUGAUUAUGAAGAACCCAUUACCUCCAUGCAAGAAGACGACUGACUAUCCUGAGCCUUGACGCCGCCACCACCUCUUUGGUGGUCUUUUUAUUUUGCUGUGUAAAUAGUUUUCAUUCCUUUCUCUCUUUUCCCGAAAUGUUUGUGUUCCACAGCCAGAAUGUCUUCUGGUCCGGUGCUUCUGAAUGAUUUUGCAGCUUGUUCAAAGGCCGAGAGACACGGUCCAAAAACUCGAUUUCACUUGAUUGUAACCGCUGUCUCUUCCAUGGUCACCUUUGUAAUUUUUGUGUGAGAGAAAGAGAGAAAGUAAAUAUUAUUUAAACGCAA